AUGAACCCCGCUGGGCUGCUGGCGAUCGCGUCGCUGGUCGCCGCCCUGGCCGUCCUCACCGACGUCCUCCCCCUGGGCCUGCCCUACCCCGCCAUCAACGAGCGAGCCGUGGACGUCCCAUCGCAUCUGCUGCCCCUGGUGCCGUCCCCGCUCGAGGGCGACUACGCGCCGAACACCCGGCUGCAAGGCACGGUCCGCUUGCUGCAAGGGGUUGUCAGUGGCCCUGAGUCGCUGGUGGUAGCGCAUGACGGCAAGACUGUGAUCGUGCUGGAUAAAUUUGGAUACGCCAAGAGAGGUUCAGUAAUUGAAUCCACAAGUGGGGUGCCGAGGGUGGAGCUGGAGGACGGUGUGUUUGCGUAUACCGGCCCUGGGCGGCCGCUGGGGGCGGAAUUUGACCAAGGCGGGAAUCUGGUGAUCUGCGACUCGCUGAAGGGGCUGGUGAUGGUGGCGAACGGCACGCGGCGGCUGGUCGUGCUGGCCAACCGCGUGGCCGAGGACUCGGCGAUCGACCCCGGGAGCGAGAUCAACUACGCGAACGAUUUGGACAUUGCGAAGGAUGGGACGGUUUACUUCAGCGCGUCCACCGACUUGCGCGUGGCCUUCAACAGGGAUGGCUUCUACGACACGUUCAACACCUAUCUGCUGGAUGCUCUCAGAGGCAAGCCGGCGGGCCGGCUGCUUGCCUACAACCCAAAAGAGCGCACAGCCAAGGUGUUGGCAGGCGGGAUCUGGUACGCGAAUGGCGUUGCUCUGGCCAAGGAUGAGUCGUUCGUGGCGGUUGUCGAAACGACCGCGUUGAGGGUGAGGCGGCACUGGCUCAAGGGCCCGCAAGCGGGCCAGACCGACGUCUUGAUUGACGCCCUGCCGGGGUUUCCGGACGGCAUAUCCCGCGGGGAGGACGGCAACUUUUUGAUCGCGCUGAUCAGCAGGCCAUCGCCCAUUCUCAAGCUCAUGCCCUUCAGGCCCCUGAGGGCGAUCGCCGCUUGGAUCCCGCCCAAGUGGAGGCCAAGGCCGAAGCCUUGGGGGGCGGUGAUCAGGGUCAGCCCGGAGGGGAAGGUUGUGGAGACGCACUUUGAUGUGGAGGGGGGUUUCAUGAGCGGCAUCUCGGGCGUGCGGGAGGUGGGGGGCCGCAUGUUUUUCGGCACGCUGGAGAAUGAUCACAUAGGGAUCUAUGAUCCCAACAGGAGGCUAUAG